AUGGUAUUCAGAAAUUUAAUAGGUAACCUUACUCCAAAGAUGGGUAACAAGAAUUACUACAAGGGUAGAGGUGUAAGAAACGUUGGUACCAUUUCGUCUACUGCUCGUUUCAAAGUAGAACAAAGCAAAGUACAAAUAAUCAAUGCUCCAGAUCUUACAGAUUGCGAUGUAGAAGAAGUCAAAGAAAUACAAGAUACCAAGAGACAACAAAGACAAAAGAAAUUAGAACAACUUUAA